UGUGCUCGAGCAAUUCACAUAACACAUUUGUCUGAAAUCAUGAGGUUCAUCGUGUUUCUCUCGGCUGCGCCACUCAUAUCGGCUUCGUCGUUACUUCGUUCUGAACCGACUGUGCGAGAGGCGAGCGUGAACUACAAUGGUCAUCACGUGUACAGCAUCACGCCCUCGUCUCGCCAAGACGCACGCAACCUCGUGAAGCGGUUUGAGGAGUACCCUAGCCAAUUCUCACGAAACGAUUUCCACGUGGUUAUACCUCGCGAUGAAAUUGCAACAUUCAAUUCUUGGGGGUUGAAUAGUCGCCUGCUAGACGACGAUCUGGGCAACACGAUUCGCCUAUCGAAUAAACCCUCAAUGUACAAACGGGGAGAAACUGGGACUGGCAACCUGCCAGAUAUCUCCUGGUUUGAUGCGUACCACGCGUAUGCAGAUCACCUGCAAUACUGGGAUGACUUGGUUUCUGCGAUUGGUCAAGCGCACUCGGAAAAGUUCUCCAUUGGACAGAGCUAUGAGAAUCGCACAAUCUGGGCGUACCACCUAUUUGGGGACCGAGUCACAGAUAGAACUGCGGACGCAAAAGCGCAAGAGAAGCCGGUUAUUCUUUGGCACGCCACGGUUCAUGCACGGGAGUGGAUUAGCACUGCGGUGAUUGAAUAUCUGGCAUACCAGUUAGUUGAUGGGUAUCUGAAAGACGAUGCGGACGUGGUCUCAUAUCUCAACAACUACGACUUUUAUCUGGUUCCAUUCCACAAUCCAGAUGGAUUCGUAUACACUCAAACUACCGACCGCCUUUGGCGAAAAAAUCGCCAGCCACGAGCAAACACAACAUGCAUCGGAACAGACGGGAACCGAAACUGGAAAUUUCAAUGGGACGCAGAAGAUCCCGAAGGCGCUGCACCAGCAGGGCCCUGCGGCCAGACCUUUCGCGGUCUUGCACCGGGCGACACCCCCGAAAACAAAGCGUUGAGUAGCUUGUCGCAACGCCUCUCAGAAACCGAGUUUGGUAUACGCUCUUUCAUCGACUGGCACAGCUACGGUCAACAGGUUGCCACACCGUACGGGUACACGUGCGACUCUUAUCCCGAAUCUCUACCGCGUAUGCUGGAAGUGGCAAACGGGACUGCGAGCGCGAUUGAAGCGGCGAGUGAGCGGGGGAGCGUGUAUGAGUUUGGUCCUGGAUGUCAACUCAUCUACUUCGCGGCGGGCAACUCGAGGGAUAUUCAUUACCGUGUGUUUGGCGCGAAUCACUCUUGGACGCUCGAGUUGAGUCCCCAGAGCGCCGGUGAGGGUGGAUUUGUGUUGCCCCCUGAACAGAUUGGACCAGUUGUCAGAGAGCAAUGGGCUGGACAGCAGUGGUUGCUGAAGAAUGUGACGGAGAACUGA